GAUGUUUGGAAAAAAUAUUUAUUCAGAUGAUAUUCCUAGUUUUCCCGAAAUCUCUGAAGACUAUUUCGAAAUCAAGGAUUAAAGAACUAUAAAUGAGUUGAUGGAAUUAUAUCAUUAAUCAAAAAAACUCAUACCAGUAAAUGGCUAAGUUUCUAAUCAAUUUAGAGAAAAAUAAUAAGGAUUACUAAGUUUAUUUGAUUAAUUAGACAAUUAAUUAAAAUCUAAUUAAUGCAAACCAGACAUUUAUGAACCUAACUAAAUAGAUUCUAGAAUAAAUACUCCUUAUCAUAAUUUUGACUAUUAUAAUCUUUCAGAUAUAAAUUAUGAUUAAAGUGAGGCUUAAUAAGAAGCAGCUAAAUUUUUAAAAUUGAAAUAAAAUGACUUAUAAGAAAAAUUUGAGCAAAUGUAGAUAGAAGCUAAAUAAGGUAUUAAAUCAAAUUAGGCUGGAAAAUUGACUAAAAAAAUGGAACUCUUGUCUUUUUAAGACUAAGAGUAUGAUAAUUGA